GCCGAAGUUGAUGCAUGAUGUGAAUCUCGAUGCUUUCGUUUAUUAUCCUGCAACUUUCGUCCUUCUGGCUUCUAAUAGUCUUUGUUCUAGACAUAUUUUUACUUCUCGUCCAGAGUCUCUAUCACUAUGUCUCAAUCAAAACCAACUCUACGAUGGGGCAUCAUCGGCACAGGCCUGAUCUCAUCAUGGUUCAUCCAGGACCUCCUCAUCGAGAGAGAGAAUGCCCAAGCAACACAUCAUAUUCAAGCCAUUGGAUCAUCUUCCGUCGAAAAGGGGACGAAGUUCGUUGAGACACAUAUGCCAGGACGGACGCAACUUCCCUCUAUCUAUGGAAGCUAUGAGGAAGCUUACCAAGACCCCAAUGUUGAUAUCAUCUACAUCGGGACUCCUCAUGGCUUUCACAAGAAGAACUGCCUCGAUGCGAUUUCACACGGAAAGCAUGUCUUGUGUGAGAAGGCAUUUACUCUCAAUGCUAGGGAGGCAAGAGAGGUUCUGGAUGCAGCUAAGAGGAAAGGCGUAUUCAUCAUGGAGGCUAUGUGGACUCGCUUCUUUCCUCUGGUUAAAUCUCUCCAGAAGGUCAUCCAUGAGGAAAAGGCUGUUGGAGAUGUAGUUCGAGUGUUUGCAGACUUUGCCAUGAACCAGAACAUCGAAUCAAAGGGUCCUGGCUCACGAUUGAAAGAUCUAUCUCUUGGUGCUGGCAGCCUGUUGGAUAUUGGUAUCUACAGUCUGACUUGGGGCCUUGUGACCCUCGAUGCCGGUGUAGGUGAAAAGGCAACUACACCAAAGAUCACUGCCGCCCAAACUCUCGUCGAUGGUGUCGACAUCGGUACUUCGAUCAUCCUCUUAUAUCCCGAUGGAAAACAGGGUAUCUUGACCUCUAACUCAAAAGUCAAAACUCCAGAGGCUUUCUGUCGUGUCGAAGGCACCAAGGGCCAUAUCAUUGUAGAAGGCUUUGCGGGUUCGGUUCCUGCAUCAUUCACCGUUUACAAGGACGUAGAGAGUGAGGGGAAGAAAUAUGAGUUUGAAAAACCGGGUAAGGGAUUUUACUGGGAGGCUGAUGCAGUGGCACUUGAUAUUGCUGCUGGCAAGGUUGAGAGCGAUAUUAUGCCCUGGGCUGAGACUAUUCGGGUCAUGGAGAUUAUGGAUGAGGUCAGAAAGCAGGGCGGCUCCAAGUUUCCUCAGGACUAAAUAAAAAUGAAU